CUACAUUUAUUAAACCUCUUCAUUUACAUAGCAGGAAGUAAAGCGAGGAGUCAGAACACUGCUGACAGUGCAGAACCGGAGGCCGGUGGGAGAGACUGCUUGAUUCCUGGUCCAGGUCAUUUUGCCCAGAAGUGCUCCGUGUUUAAACAUGAUGCUUUCAUCUAUGUUACGACUGACAGUAAACCUGCUCCUGCUGACCCUGGUUGCUGGUUCAUGUCCGGAUGACCACGGUUGUGAAGAUGAGCAGACGUGUUGCCUGAUUCCCUCAUCUGGAGGGUAUAACUGCUGCCCCUUCCAUCAGGGUGAGUGCUGUGACGACCACAUUCACUGCUGCCCCGAGGGUUUCCUGUGCCAAGGGGAGGAAUCCAAGUGUUCAAACGCUACACACACGGUCCAGUGGGCGGAGAGACUCCUGUCCAAACUCCCUGACCAGGCAGAGGUGGCGUGUUGUGAGAACUUCGUGCACUGCUGCCCUGCUGGGAAAACCUGUAACCUGGCUGCUCAGACCUGCGAUGACUCGGCAGGAUCAGAACCCUGGAUAGAGGGGUCGGCACAACCAACGAAGCUUCCAGAGAGCGGCGGUUCUGUUGUUCCCUGUAAUGAAACUGCGGGCUGUCCUGAUGGAAGCACCUGCUGUAAGACCCCAGCAGGAGAAUGGUCAUGCUGCCCACUGGUCCAGGCGGUGUGCUGCGAGGACCACGUGCACUGCUGUCCUCAAGGGACCACGUGUAACCUCUCUGCUCAGAAGUGUGAGGAACCGUCAGGUUCGGUCCCCUGGGUGAAGAAGGAGCCCAGCCUGCCAAUCAGAGCAAAGAAGCUUCCAGAAGUUGAGGGUUCUGUUGUUCCCUGUAAUGAAACUGCGGGCUGUCCUGAUGGAAGCACCUGCUGUAAGACCCCAGCAGGAGAAUGGUCAUGCUGCCCACUGGUCCAGGCGGUGUGCUGCGAGGACCACGUGCACUGCUGUCCUCAAGGGACCACGUGUAACCUCUCUGCUCAGAAGUGUGAGGAACCGUCAGGUUCGGUCCCCUGGGUGAAGAAGGAGCCCAGCCUGCCAAUCAGAGCAAAGAAGCUUCCAGAAGUUGAGGGUUCUGUUGUUCCCUGUAAUGAAACUGUGUUCUGUCCUGAUGGAUGCACCUGCUGUAAGACCCCAGCAGGAGAAUGGUCAUGCUGCCCACUGGUCCAGGCGGUGUGCUGCGAGGACUACGUGCACUGCUGUCCUCAAGGGACCACGUGUAACCUCUCUGCUCAGAAGUGUGAGAGUCUGUCAGGUUCGGUCCCCUGGAUGAAGAAGGAGCCCAGCCAGCCAAUCAGAGCAAAGAAGCUUCCGGAAGUUGAGGGUUCUGAUGUUCCCUGUAAUGAAACUGUCGGCUGUCCUGAUGGAUGCACCUGCUGUAAGACCCCAGCAGGAGAAUGGUCAUGCUGCCCACUGGUCCAGGCGGUGUGCUGUGAGGACUACGUGCACUGCUGUCCUCACGGGACCACGUGUAACCUCUCGGCUCAGAAGUGUGAGAGUCCGUCAGGUUCGGUCCCCUGGCUGACCAAGGGGCCCGGCCGCCCGAUCGCAGGGAACGAGCGAAAAUCCUCGACGAGAAGCGACGGGAAUGAAGAAGUGAAAGUGGAGAAGGAAGAUCGAACUCAGUGUGACCCACAUCACUCCUGUCCUGAUCACACAACCUGCUGCCUCAUGAACCAAACACACACGUGGGGGUGCUGCCCUCUGGAGGAGGCUGUGUGCUGUAGUGAUGGAGUCCACUGCUGUCCGAAAGGCUACACCUGCCAGGAGGGCUCGUGCGUCCAGCGCCAGACCGAAUCGGUUCCUUUGCCCUCCAUCGAGCUGCUGUUAUCCUCGCCAUCGCAAAACGACAUCCAGUGUGGAGGAGGAUACAAGUGUAAAGACUCCCAAACCUGCUGCAGGAUGUCUGAGACCUCCUGGGGCUGCUGCCCGUUUCCCGAGGCGGUGUGCUGCAGUGACAUGGUGCACUGCUGUCAGACCGGAUACACGUGUGGAGAUGAGGGAACCUGCACUCAAGCUCCAGCCUUCGACUGGGAACACUGGGAGGCCUUCGUCUCCAGAAAGAAGAAGCCUCUUAUUUUAUAAAUCCAUCAUCUAUAAAUCAGACAUGAAUCUGUAAUCAGCUGCACUAAUCAGGGCUCGGUCGGGGGGGUUCACUUCAAAUAAAAUAAACGAUCGCUGUAGUUCUGUAGAUCUGUUCGCACUGUAAUCAAUCUUAAACACUCAAACACCAGCGUCUAAUACUGGUUUCAAUCCUCCCAGCUACAUUCAGCUAAACAACACAAGUGGAAACUCUCAUGAAAAUCUCAUGAUAAAUGCUACUUUUGUGAUGUGAUUCAAACCUAGCAAAUAAAAUAUUAUGUUUUUUUAAAUAUGAAGUAUUUACAGCUUCUGUUUACUAGCAAAUUGUACUGAAAAGUACUGAAUGUGAUAGAUAAGCUCGAUAGACUCAAACACACACCAACUCAUCUGUUCCAAUGCUAGAUUCAACACUCAAAUUUGACUCAGUUAAUUAUUUUUAACACAAGUAGAAGAGGGAAUGUGAAUAUCUAAAUAACACUAAACGACUAAACAUGUUUAAUCUGAAAUUCCACCCUUGAUUACAUAAAAUGCCGUAGAGAGAUGUAGAGAGAUCACUGGGUUAAAAGACAGACCCUAAAUGUCUUAAAUGUCUUAAAACAAGGAAUGUCAGGGAAAUGUCAGUAAUUAAGUGUUUAAAUCUUUAUUAGAACGGUGCAUGAGUGUUAGCUCAGAAACUGAUUUGCGUGUGAUAUGAUUACACACAAGUAACACACAUAAACGUGGCUUCUUGUUAGAUUUUGUGUUUAAAGAGCUGUUUUUUAUUAGAAUUUUUCAGUAAAAAUAAGAGAUCUUUAUGUAUCUUGGCUUGUGGGCUUCUUGUAACGUCUGACUUACAUUUUCAUCUUCAUUUUCAUAUCAGUGACUUUGAUUUGUUUAUAUUGUUGUACUGAUGAUUAAAAUUCUUUAAGGAAA